GAUUUGACUUUGCUUUUAACAUAAACUAUCAUAUCUAUUUGGCUUUGCUUCGACCUGUGUCUUUUUGUUCUACAAAACCACCUGCAGUUCAGCAGUAUUCACCUUUUAUUUAUUUAAAAUAUACAAUCAUCCAAUAAUUAACUAUGAAUUUGCUUUGGCAAGUUGCUAAAAGGCAAAAUUUGACUUUUUAUUCACUUUAUUCUCAUUCUGCCAUUGUUUUGGUAAACAAACUAUAAAAGGCAAAUACUCAUCAUAAUCUCCCAACACACAAAACUUCAAAACAUUAAUCAAAACUUUAUACUCUCUUUUCCUUCUAUUUCUCAGAUUCAGCAAAAAAAAAAAAUGGAUGACAUCUCAGUGAGCAAAAGCAACCAUGGUAAUGUUGUUGUACUCAACAUACAAGCUCCUCCUGUGUCAAAAACUUCAUUCCCUUCUUCUCCUUCUACAUCUCCACCAUUGUUAUCUGUCCACUUCUUGCAAAAGCUUAUAGCGGAACUCGUGGGAACUUACUACUUGAUAUUUGCGGGUUGUGCCGCUAUUGCCGUGAACGCUCAACACAACAAUGUAGUGACUCUUGUGGGCAUUGCAGUCGUUUGGGGACUAGUGGUAAUGGUUCUUGUUUACUCUCUCGGCCACAUCUCUGCACACUUCAAUCCGGCUGUCACCAUAGCCUUAGCAUCUUGCAAGAGAUUCCCUCUGUAUCAACUCCCAGCCUACUUAACUGUUCAAGUCAUCGGAUCAGCCUUGGCUUCUGCGACUCUGCGUCUUCUGUUUGACCUAAACAAUGACGUGUGCAGCAAGAAACACGAUGUCUUCCUCGGAUCAUCUCCUUCUGGGACUGACCUUCAAGCAUUCGGGAUGGAGUUCAUCAUCACCGGCUUCCUUAUGAUAGUUGUUUGUGCCGUCACUACCUCCAAGAGAACAACCAAGGAACUAGAGGGGUUAAUCAUCGGUGCAACGGUCACACUGAAUGUUAUCUUUGCCGGAGAGGUAUCAGGAGCAUCAAUGAAUCCAGCAAGAAGCCUAGGGCCUGCACUUGUGUGGGGAUGUUACAAAGGGAUUUGGAUUUACUUGCUGGUUCCAACACUUGGAGCAGUCUUAGCGGCCUUGAUUCAUAAACUGUUACCGGCUACACAGAAAGCAAACUCUGAGUUCUCCAAGACAGGAUCUUCUCAUAAACGAAUUACUGAUCUUCCUUUGUAAUGAUUGUAGAUAAAAUCUUUAAGGUCAAUACUCGUUCUUGUAUCUUUAAAUAUGCUCUCAAUGGAUUGCGUUGCAAGUAAACAAAUAAAUAAUUGUACAGCUGUAGAACAUAUAUAUAGAUACAGCAAAACUAUUUCCCAAGAAA